AGCGAUAAUACACUUUGGUGUACUUUUUAAAUUUUUAUAACGGUUUUUAUUCACCGCAUAACAAAUGGCGAUUUUAGAAUAUGUUAAAAUAUAAUUAAUUAAUUAAUAAUUUAAAAAUUUGAUUAAUCUUUCAAUUAAUUUUUAUAAAUAACGAAUUAUUACUUAACGUUUUUAGAAAUGAUUGUAAAAAUAAUCUGUAGUAAAAAAAGUAAACUAAUAAAUAAUAAUAAAAAUAAAUUGAAUCAUUAAAUGGCGGAAACGGCCGAGUGCGAAUUGAAAACAGGAGAUGGGGACAAAGCUUCCGGCGACGAUGACAACGAUGACGCCAUUGUUCAUAGAAUAAAAAUUCAUCAUGUUAGGCAACAUUCAAAUUGGGAUUGUGGGCUGGCCUGCGUCCAGAUGAUUCUAAAGACUUAUGAUAAAAACAUUGACAAUUUCAAAAGUGUUUGUGUCAGGCUUAAUUUGAAAACAAGUAUUUGGACAAUAGAUCUAGCCUACAUAUUACAGUAUUACCACAUAGCCCACAAAUUCAUGACAAUCACACUAGGAGUUGAUGAGGCCUAUUCCAAAAAGUCAUUCUACAAAGACAACUAUGAUGAAGAUUCAGCUAGAGUUGAGGCAAUGUUUAACAAUGCUGGUGAAGCUGGUGUAAAUAUCACUGAGUGUUCUGUGGGCAUGGAUGAAAUAGUUAAACAUUUGAAAUCAAACCGACCAAUCAUAGUCCUGAUAGAUUGGAACAUUGUUAAAUGGACCAGCAGCUUGCCUUUAAAGUGCCAAUGCUUUGGAAAUGUUAUGAAGAAAGUCACAUCCUAUCAGGGUCACUACAUCCUUUUAAAUGGCUACAACGAAAAGAAGAAAUCCAUCUAUUACCACAACCCUGAAAAAUCUGACGUAGUACACAAUAUACGCUUGGAUGUAUUGGAAAAGGCAAGAAAGGCCCAUGGCACAGAUGAAGACAUCAUCUUCAUAAUGAGUGAAUUAACAUGAUGACGCACACACACACACACACACACACAUA